AUUCACAAUGAUGUCUGCCAUUGCCUUUGCCUGCUUUGCCUUGGUGCUUCCAGCUCUGACCCUCUCGCAGGGCUACUCGGUGGGUUACUUUCCGGGAAGGCAUCAACAGUACGAUCACCAGCCGACGGCCAGCCGGCAGUAUGACUACGGACACUGCGGCGGCCGUGUGUGCGCCUCUAAUGGGUAUCGGUACGCCAGCUUCGCCAAUAUCUGCCGCCUAAACGACUACAAUCUUAGACUUGUCUUUGCUGGCCAUGCAGAAUUUGUCGAAGUGGACUCGAUCUACUGCCAGCAACCCCCCAGAGAUGUGGACUACUACUACAGACCGCAACCAGCACCAGAGACACACCGUCCAGGCUAUUCGCCGCACGUUCCCUGCAUUCCAAUGACCCGGCCCCAAAUCGGAGCCCAAGCCAUCGCUCAGUCUGGGAAUGCUUUUGCUUUCAGUGGAUAUUCUUCGCCAGCUUUGCCAUACUGGCUUUUCAAGCCUCCCACCUCUCCUACCGGGCCCCUUUCUGACAGCAAAAUCUAUUCCUAUCCGGCGCCCCACACGAGCAAGCGACCUGUGACCUACUACUACCCAACAACAACCACUAAAGCUCCCACUACGACCACUGAAGCUUCUACAACGAGUACCACCAAUGAUCCUUCAACAACCACCCUAGCUCCUACGACAAGUACAACUAAUGAUCCUUCAACGACAACAACUACCGAAGCUGCUACGACAACAACUACGGAAGCUCCUACGACGAGUACAACUAAUGAUCCCUCAAGUACCACUGCUGAUCUUUCUACAACAACAACUACCGAAGCUUCGACAACAAGUACUACCAAUGAUCCUUCAACAACAACAACAACCGAAGCUUCUACAACAAGUACUACCAAUGAUCCUUCAACAACAACAACAAGUACCGAAGCUACCACGACGACUACCACCAUUGUUCCUUCAACAACAACAACUGCAGAAGCUUCAACAACGAGUACAACUAAUGAUCCUUCAAAAACAACAACUACUGAAGCUCCUGCAUCGAGUACCACGAACGACGCCUCAACAACAACAACUACCGAAGCUUCGACAACAAGUGCUACCAAUAAUCCUUCAACCACAACAACCACCGAAACUUCCACGACGACAACAGCUAAUGAUCUUUCAACAACAACUACCGAAGCUUCGACAACUAGUACCACCGAUGAUCCUUCAACAACAACAACUACAGAAGCUUCUACGACGACCACAACUAAUGAUCCUUCAACAACAACAACUGCAGAUGUUUCCACGACGACCACAACUAAUGAUCCUUCAACAACAACAGCUGCAGAUGUUUCCACGACGACCACAACUAAUGAUCCUUCAACAACAACAACUGCAGAAGCUCCUACGACGAGUACAGCUAGUAAUCCUUCAGCAACAACAACACCAGAAGCUUCCACGACGUCUACCACCAAUGAGCCCUCUACGACAACAACAACCGAAGCUCCUACGACGUCCACAACUAAUGAUCCUUCAACAACAACAACCACCGAAGCUUCUACGACGAGUACCACCACAGAACCCGACUCUGCCGUGGAUCCAGUGAUCAUUCAGAUUACAGGCCCCAACGGGAGAGUCCUGCGCUUGGUCCUCUCCGACCUGGCAGCUGCAGGAAGCACUUGCACUGAAUCGUACACCCUGGACGUAACCAGGGGAUCAACGGUGCUAUUUCAGCUUACUGGUUGCGCGGAUGCUGAGAGCACAACCACGGCUGGAGUCGCCAAUGCACUUUUAAGCGCGUCAGCCACAACCCCCAGAACCAAUCCCCCGGCCUACUUUAUGUAUCAUACAUCCACCAGAGUUAUUCAAACCCGAUGAAAUUCACGAACAAACAUACCCAACAAUCUAUAGCCGAACAAUACAUUUAUUCUACACUUGCAAGCAAAUAAUGAUUAUGAAUUUGUGA